CGGCAGCAAGACAACCACGACCACGAUCACGAUGCUAUAUGAAGAAUCCUUUUCCCGCCCUCACAUCAAUGCAGACCUCAAGCACACGAUCACCAAUUCCUCAGCCACAAGCCAACCACGAAAUCAAUCCUCCACUCAGCCAAUCACCACACCUCUAAAACCCACAACUACAACCACCAUGCCCCAAAGCCAACAAGCCCAACCUCAAAUCCCCACAGACCCGUAUCUCCUCGCCGCUCUCGCUUUUAUGGGUCUCGCUAGCUUCCUCGACCACGUCCAGACCGCCCACCAAACGGCGCACGACGAGCAGGCGCGGCAGAUCACGACACUAGAGGCGCGUCUGGAGGCCGCAGCUGCAGACCGCGAGUGCGCGCGCCGCGAGCUGGGCGAUGUGAGGGCCGAGUUGCGGGCGUGGGCUGCAGAAAACAGGGGUAGGGAUCAAAGUGUGGAUUCUGAGGAGGUUGAUGAGGGGAAGGACGGUGUGCAGCAGACGAGUGGACAGGGUGGGAAGCCGAGGUGCUGGGCGAAGAGGUGCCGGGAUGUACUGGGAUGUUGGAAGGGGGAGAAAGCGCGGAGCUGAUGGUUGGUUGGGCGAGAAAAGAGAGACACGCGCUGGUUAGUGAGGUGAUGAGCUGGGGAUGAUGGUUGUGCUGCGGAUUGCCUGGCGUUUUGGGUGUUUGGACUAUGGUAGUUCGGAGGGGUUUUUGUUGAAGUGAACGUAUACUUAUGCGGGAAUAAGACAUUUGGAGCAGAGGAUUGACCAAAAAAGAUUAGAGAACAGAGUUCGGGACGAGAAUAGUUCAUUAGUGCGCAACGAGGUCCUAAAAAGUAUAGUAUCCGUGGG